CGGACUCAUUAAGCGUGGCCUAAUUGAUGUUUGACAGCCAGUCUCUUUGUUAGGUUGUUACAGAUCCCUCCCUAGUCGUUUCUGUACGGAUCAAUCCUGUUACUUAUAAGCAGGCGUGAGUGUUCUCCUACCAGAGACUACGUACCUGAACAACCGACAACAUGCUGACAGGAACAGCUGCCAUGUGGCUUCUCACGAUAGCCCUCCUUCUGGUCUGUGGCCGGAUUAACGGUUUACAGGCAGACCACGAGCUCGACAAACGCGAUGCUGACCAGGACGUAAGCGUAGACGAACUUCCGGUUGAUGAAAAACGACAAUUCGAUUCUAUCUCCGGAAAUAGUGGAUUAUCAGGAUUUGCAAAAAAGACAUUUGAUUCGAUCUCUGGAGGUCAUGGAAUGCCCAGCUUUGCGAAACGCACCCUUGAUAGUAUAUCUGGAAAUGGUGGCAUAUCUUCAUUUGCAAAACGCAAAUUUGAUUCGAUUUCUGGAAAUGGAGGAAUGUCCGCAUUUGCAAAACGCAACUUUGAUUCGAUAUCUGGAAAUGGCGGCAUGUCAACAUUUGCCAAACGCAAAUUUGAUUCGAUAUCUGGAGAUGGGGGAAUAUCUUCAUUUGCAAAACGACGAUUUGAUUCGAUCUCUGGAAAUGGUGGUAUGUCACCAUUCGCUAAACGCAAAUUUGAUUCGAUCUCUGGAAAUGGUGGUAUGUCAUCAUUCGCUAAACGCAAAUUUGAUUCGAUAUCUGGAAAUGGCGGUAUGUCAUCAUUUGCAAAACGCAACUUUGAUUCGAUAUCUGGAAAUGGCGGUAUGUCAUCAUUCGCAAAACGCAGAUUUGAUUCGAUCUCUGGAAAUGGUGGUAUGUCACCAUUUGCUAAACGUAAAUUUGAUUCGAUAUCUGGAAAUGGUGGUAUGUCAUCAUUCGCUAAACGCAAAUUUGAUUCGAUAUCUGGAAAUGGCGGGAUGUCAUCAUUUGCAAAACGCAACUUUGAUUCGAUAUCUGGAAAUGGCGGUAUGUCAUCAUUCGCGAAACGCAGAUUUGAUUCGAUAUCAGGAGAUGGAGGAAUGUCGACAUUCGCAAAACGACGAUUUGAUUCAAUCUCCGGAAACGGAAAAUUAUCUGGAUUUGCAAAGCGACCACUCGACUCGAUCUCUGGAAAUUCUGGAAUCUCUGGUUUAAUGAAAAGGAGGUUUGAUUCAAUAGAUGGUUCAGCCGGACUGGAAGGAUUUAACAAACGAAAGUUUGAUUCAAUAUCCGGAAACGGUGGUCUCAGGGGAUUUUCUAAAAAGAACUUUGACAGCAUCGACGGAGGCGCGGCAUUCCAGGGCUUCGCAAAGAAGAGCGAACAGGACAGUGACACAGACGAGGAACGCAACUCUUUGUCAAAAAGACGUAUGGAUUCGAUUGUAGGUGGGGGUGGAUUUGGACGUUUUCACAAAAGAAAUUUUGACUCGAUAGAUGGAGAUGGAUCCAUUAUGGGAUUUGCAAAGAAAUCCUUCGAUAGUAUCGACGGAGGAAGUCUCAAUGCAUUCGUGAAAAAGGAUGACGAAGCUUGAAUGUCUUGUUUCGGUCCAGUGACUAGUGUAAGACGUACACAAUAAUGUACAACGAAGUACAACAACGUACAACCGCGUACAACUGAAAGUGUACAAAACCCAGAGUACACUUAUUCUGUACACAGAUCAUUAUUUUAUUUAUGAAGUUGUGUCUACAUUUGUAUCACCAGAGAGCUAUUUUAAUUAUCUGUAAAUAUAAAUAUGCAAACAGAAAUAUACGGACUAUUUUAUUACGGCGAGAUAAGGCGGUGAAUGGGAGGAUGGAAUGUCUGGUUUGUCAUGUGAUAUGGACUAAACUCACUAUAGUAGAUAUAUUUAAUUUUACUUAUUUUGUAAUUGCUAACGAGGUGACCAAGCAAUGUUUACGUUCUGCAUGUUCUGUGUCUGAGAAGACACCCCAAACUUUUUUUCUUUUUAAACAAAAUAUUUUGUUUCCAUUGCGAUUUUUAACAUGAUUCCACAUUAAUUAUCUUUGAAUGAGUCAUAUGAAUAUUGGUUUAACCAGUCUAUUGGUUUAAGGGGGUAUGAUGCGUGUGAGUCUCGUUGAACGAGAUUUCAUGUCCGACUGUUUUUUCACUCACAAUCUGUAAGACCUUUCUUCAUCAUUUAUGUACAUUACAAAUAAAACACAUCUUACAAGUGUAAAA